UGGAAAUGUAUCGAUGUGUCAUGUCAGCAAUCUUGCUCGCUGCUUGCUGCUGAUGUGCGAAAGGUUCCAAGGAACAAGAAGCAAAGUAGCAGACGACGUCCCAACAAAAAAAAAAAUCGAAAUACAGUGGUCGCGGCGGUGAAGUAAAUAGAUGGCAGCUGUUCCUGGCUGGCCAAGAACUGUGAAUCCCAGCCUAGUCCUCAUCCCCGGCGUGAUCGGAACGGUUCGGCCCGUCGUGUUUUCCGGAAGUGGUCGCGUGUCGCGUGUAAUAUAUUUUUCGUCUCGCAGAAGUUUGUGUUGUUCCCGUUCGAUUGCUUCCCCCUCCUGCUGUAGGUACUAGUUGCUGCUCCGAAUAGCCCGUGAAUUAGUGUGAACACAGUGCGAACAGUGGAGAGAAGGGAAAAGUUGUCUAGUUGGACGGACCCCCUGCAUUGGAGAUCCGGGUUCUCCGUUUCAAGGUCCUUUUGGUUCCAUAUUGUGUUGUGAUUUUGUGGUAGACAGCCGUGCAACAGGUUCCGGAAAUUGUCGCGCAAUUAAGUUGCGCUAUGAGAGCGCAGUGUUCCUGGUCCUGUUCCAAUCUUGUGGCGUGAUUCCUCCUCUCAGCGGUCAGAGGAGAUAGUUUUUCUUCGUUGGAAGGUCUCCCCUCAAUCGCUCCCCAUGAGGAAAAUGGACAAUCGGCUGAACCUUGAUUCAGAGGUUCGAGAGCUGAAGCUGGGAUCGACCUUUACCAGUCCCUCGCCGAGGACGGUUUUCCACACGAUCAAGUACGAUUUCAAGCCGGCCAGCGUGGACGUGAACAAGCCUGCGUCCCUGGAAGUGGGUACCAACAAGCAGGUCACGGUGACGGUGCCGCAUUUAGAUGGUUCCGGAGUCCCCAACACGGUGUUCAAGGGAAACCAGAGAGACUACACCAAGAAGGAAUGUGUACUCAUUAUCGAUCGGGUAACGGGGGAAAUCACCCUCGAGAAAUUGAACAGUAAUGUGCAGGUUAAAAAGACUAGGACGGAAAGCAAGGCUGUGCAGCCUCCUCAGCCGCCACCUCCUCAGAUAAAGGUCGAAAACUCCACGGCGCGGCAAAGUUCCAAAACCAAAAUCACGACCGGUUCCCGCAAGAACACUCCCAUCAGCUUCGUGCCAAAACAUUCGCCAUUGCAGAACUCGCCUUCCUACCCGAACAAGAGUCCGCUCUCCGCACCGGCUUGGAAUGCCAACAAUACUCAACAGACCUUGCCAAGCAUCCCGAUCAUUGGGCUGGAUGAUGGCAGCGAUUUCAUGACGGUGCCUUCUUCCUCGCUGCCCUCGGUUCAACAGCAACAGCAGCAACAACAGUCACAGUCAAUGCAUCAUGGCAACACUGCCCACAACACCAGUGGUGGCAGCAGCAGCAGUAGUGGUUCGCUCAACAGUAGCAGCAACAAUCAUCAUACCAGUAACAAUGUGAACAGCAGUAGCAGUAACAACCAUAAGAACCAUUCGAGCAGCAGCGGCAGCAGUGCUGCUGCAGCAGUCCAUGGCCUCGGGAGCAAUAGCAAUAGUCAUCUCAAUCCGUAUAACAAUCACCACGGAGGUGGUGGUGGCGGUGGUGGUGAUAACAACGUGGAGAUCAAUCUACCGUCGAGGGCGCAAGGGUCGCCUCCUAGGGAUACGGGAUUUUCUACGGGCUUGUUGACUUCAUCCGACUCGGACUCGAGUGGUUCUAGCGACAGUGAUAGUGGCUCCGAUUCGGAAAGCACAACCGAAGACAAUAACGACUCUCCGGUUAAAGAAUCCAUUUUCGACAUAGGUCCAACCCGGUCGGACUCGCUCAACAAUCGUUCGCUUCCGACGCAUCUGCUGACGGAAGAUCUGUGCCUGUCGGAGUCCAACUCCGAUUCGGAUUAGACGCCAACGCCGAAACAAUCCCUACAACGCGCAUCAAGCUAAUUAGGAACGAGAUACCGGUAUAACCGCGCUAAUGUAUCUGCGGUUCGAUCCGAACGGGGAACACACAGAGGUAAGAAAUUCGGAGCACUCUAUUUUUGUAGGGAAAUUAUUUAUAUUGAGAUGAAAAUAUACCAAUCGCUGGAAGAAGCGCAGGAACCAAUUCUUCAAUCAAUGAAGACCAGUCAGAGAGGGUCAUCGCGGGCGGAAUUAUUAUCGACUGAAGAAGUAAGGCUAAGAGUGAGACGAUGGGGGGAUCAUUCUGUGGUUUUAAGCACGGCCUGCUUGUCCCUAUCAAUACGAACGAAGGCGCUGCCAAAUAUACAGAGCGGAAGCACGGAUACGUCCGUCGCUAGUAGGCUAGUUUUCUCUUCGCAAAUAUUUCUCAUUCUCUUGGGAGAGGUAUCCGUUCAUUUGUAUGUUAUUUUAUUUUGUUUUCUUUAUUGUCUCUUAGUUCGUUCAUAUUUUCGCGCUAUUACGACUAGUUUUUUGUGUCUCUAGGUACUAAAUAUUUAAAUAAAUGAAAAACGUGGUAGUCAAAGGAGUCCUCGGUCUGCUGGAAAACCAAGACAAACACACAGCUAUUAAAUAGUAGAAAGAGGAAGCCUUGAUUUUGGUUGUAGUCAUGUUCUAGAAAAGGAAUACUUCCCCGCUAAGACGUUUACUAAAACUUUGCCACGAAAGACAGAAUGCAAUUUUCUUGUCGUUUGUUUUUAAAAAGAGCUUUAGAAAUUCUUCAACAAGGAAGGGGCUGUUAGCAAAUGUGUACAGCAGGAAACAGUUGUGUAUGCUAUAUUGAUAAAACUUACCAUAAAUAUUACAGAAAACUACCAUAAACGAGCAAAUAAAAUAUGUUAAUUGAUUUGAACAA